CCGCCGGCUUCGGGGCAGCGGCGCUUUACUCGAGACGCGGGAGGCGGAGGGUUAAACCUUCCGUGCUUUCAAACGCUUAGAGACGGUGUAAGGGAUCUGUUUUCCGGCCACCCGAGGCUCGGUCAAGAUGGCAGCGGCAGCUGUGGUGAACGGAUCCGUCCCUGCGGGACCAGCGACACCUCCGUUCUCUGAACCGACGGACGUCUCCCUGAACGACAUUGAGAUGACCACCUCUUCACCCAGAGCUAAGCCCCAGCCCCAGCAGUCCGCGGAGGAGCCGGAAGCUGAGAUGUCGAAAGGGCCAGCCCCCGGAGGUGGCGGUCUGUGGACCACCAAGCGUGAUGGAGAAGUCAAGCUGCGGAUGGACGCCGGCGGCAUUGGCUCCGUGACCCCCAUCACCGUCCAUGAACUCUUCCUGGCCACCGUGGAGAAAUACGGCCACUUCCCGGCACUGGCUUCGAAAAAGAACGGCCAGUGGUCCAAGCUGACCUUCCGUCAGUACUACGAGGAGUGCCGCAAGGCUGGCAAAAGCUUCCUCAAGCUGGGCCUGGGGCGGUUCAACAGCGUUUGCAUCCUGGGCUUCAACUCCCUGGAGUGGUUCCUGGCCGACAUCGGCGCCAUCUUUGCUGGGGGGUUUGCCGUCGGCAUCUACACCACCAACUCACCCGAGGCCUGUCACUACGUCGCGGAGAAUUGCGGGGCCAACAUCAUAGUGGUGGAGAACAACAAACAGCUGCAGAAAAUCCUGGAGGUGGAGAAAAAACUUCCUCUCCUAAAAGCUAUCAUCAUGUACAACGAUGACAUCAAAGAGAAACGGCCCAACCUCUACAGCUGGGACGAGUUCAUGGCCCUGGGCAGCUCCGUCCCGGAUGAGCAGCUGGACAAGGUCCUGGCCAGCCUGAAGCCCAACCAGUGUUGCACCAUCAUCUAUACCUCGGGGACUACGGGGAACCCCAAAGGAGUCAUGCUCAGCCACGACAACAUCACGUGGACGGCCAGGGCGGCCGGAGAGUACGUGAACCUGAAGACGGCCUUGGAGGCCCAGGAGAGCGUGGUCAGCUACCUGCCGUUGAGCCACGUCGCCGCGCAGAUGAUCGACAUUUGGCUGCCUAUCACCUUUGGCGUGGAAACCUACUUUGCGCAGCCCGACGCUCUGAAGGGCACCCUGGUGGACACGCUGCGGGAAGUGAGACCCACGGCGUUCAUGGGCGUCCCCCGCGUGUGGGAGAAGAUGCAGGAGCGGAUGAAGUCGGUGGGGGCCAAGUCCUCCACGCUGAAGAAGAAGAUCGCCGUGUGGGCCAAAGCCGUGGGGCUGGAGACCAACCUGAAGCGCAUGAACGGGUCCGAUGAGUUGCCGAUGAAUUACCGACUGGCUAGGGCGCUGGUUUAUAAAAAGGUCCGAAAAGCGCUGGGCUUGGACCGCUGCAACAAAUGUUACACGGGGGCGGCCCCCAUAACAAAGGACACCUUGGAGUAUUUCCUGAGCCUGGACAUCGUGGUCUACGAGCUCUACGGCAUGAGCGAAAGUUCGGGCCCCCACACCGUUUCGUAUCCAACGUCGUACAGGAUAUUGAGCUGCGGCAAGGAGAUUACAGGUUGCCAGACGAUGCUUUUCAAGCCGGACCAGGAUGGUGUCGGCGAGGUCUGCUUUGCUGGGCGCCACAUCUUUAUGGGCUACCUGAACAUGGAAGACAAAACGAAGGAAGCAAUCGACAGCGAGGGCUGGCUCCAUUCUGGGGAUCUGGGCCGGCAUGAUGAGGACGGCUUCCUGUACAUCACGGGGAGGAUCAAAGAGCUCAUCAUCACUGCUGGGGGAGAGAAUAUUCCGCCAGUCCCGAUUGAAGAUGCUAUCAAGGAGGCCAUCCCCAUUCUCAGCAACGUUAUGUUGGUGGGAGACAAAGCCAAAUAUCUCGUCAUGCUGAUGACCCUAAAGUGCAAGAUGAACUUAGAAACCGGGAUCUCGGAAGACGAACUGACGCCCGAAGCUGUGGAGUUUUGCCAGAAACUGGGCAGCAAAUCCACCAAGGUUUCUGACAUCGUGGGGAACAAAGACGUGGCUGUGUACACCGCCAUCCAGAAGGGGGUCAUGAAAGUCAACGAUCGAGCCACCUCCAACGCUCAGAAAAUCCAGAAAUGGCUCCUCCUGAGCAAGGACUUCUCCAUCCAGAGUGGCGAACUUGGCCCAACCAUGAAGCUGAAGAGGCCAGUGGUAGCCAAGAUGUAUCAGGAACAAAUCCAACAGCUCUACUCGGAAACAACGGAUUUCUGAACGAGGAUGCCCCGUCUCUCCGCCGCCGGCCUCUGUUCAAAGUGCAGCAUCUUUACCGGGGAGUCCUCCUGGAGGCGAGGUGCCCCCCGUCGCUUCCCUUGAUAAAUGAGGUUUUUUUCAAUACAGCCCUCGUCUCCUCUUGCCUUCCCCCAAGACAGGAGGCUCCUCUGCACUUCGGACUCUGGCUGUGCCGGUGGGAAGCCUCAGGAUGACCCUCGCCAGCUGUUUCGACCCCAGUGUCCCUCUUCCCGAAAUGAAUGUACCAACCUCAGGGUUUCUCUCCUUCCUUCCUUCCUUCCUUCCUUCCUUCCUUCCUUCCUUCCUUCCUUCCUUCCUCUUUCCUUCUUCUGUCUCUUUUUUCCUUCCUUCUUCCUCCCUCCCUUUCUUUCUUUCUUUCUGUCUUUUUUCCUUCCUUCCUUCUUCCUCCCUCCCCACCCACCCCCUCUCUCUCUUUCUUUCUUUUUACCAAAGGAAAACAUUGCAGCCAUGCCACAGAGUGGGUGGACACUAUGUGUUCUUACAGUGCCAUGGGGUAGCCUGUUGGGCGAGUCUUUGCAUGGGGCACUUUUUCUCCUUCCACAGACGGCUCGUGUCCGUGUUGCACACACGGCGGUAACGCUUGUUCCUGCAAGAAAGUCUGGCACACUUAAAAGUCUUCUCGUGGUUCUUACUUGUGGGGGGGUGGGGGCGUUUACAUAGCGAGGUUCAACUUGAGAGCAAAUCAUGGGCUCCAUAUUGCCCCUCUUGUGCCAGGGGGACCGACUUCCCAGUGGGGAAGGAAGGAAUGGGCAGAAAUCUCCCUUACCUUGCUCACAAGUGUCUUGGGAACAGUUUUGGGAAGCUGGGUGAGGAUCUAACUUCAACUUGGGGUUCAGCCAGACUUUAACCUGCACUUGUUCUACAUAGAACCUAAAUUCCAGCUGAAUUACAUGGGGGGGGGGGCUAAGGGGGGGGUUAGGCUGCUCAGCUGUGCCUGCUCCCCAUUAAAUCUACAUAAAAUUGCAAGUACUGCUCUGGAUUCAAAAAGCAAAUUGUGUAGAAGAGCCAAAAGUGUGCCCUUGCGAAUUCGAGCCGCUUUUCUGUGCAAAGUGGGGCUUAUUUAAUGUUGAUGUUUGGUAAGAAAUAAGGUGAAGAGCAACCGGGUGUGGGGGGGUUCUUAAAGGAAGCGCGGGGUGCAAUCAUAGAUUAUAAUUUUUAAUAGUGUGAGCUAAACCAAAUCACUUUUAGCUUCUAGUAUAAACAUGAGUGGAGGGGGCAUGUUUGAUAAAGGUUAAUGGCUGCUCUGUUUUUGUGGGAAGACUUAAAGGCUGCCACAGAGGUCGUCUCUUCUCCCUGUAAAUGUGAUAAUAGGAGUUCCCUGUAUUUAUUAAUUGGGUGCGAAGGAAACGGGUCUUAAGGAAUCAAAUGUGAUGAAUUUGUCCAUUUUUAUCAGGAAUGUUUUUUCUUAAAAGUGUUUUCAAGGCCGUCCAAAGCUGGAGAUGGUCAUCGCAUAUUGUAAGUUUAAAUAUAUAUUUUUUUGCAAAAUAUGCAGAUGUUGGCUUACAGCUUUUCAGACUCACCUUGUUCUUGCAAGCGUGGUUAUGUUGAGCUUUGAAGUUCUCCUUCCCUGGCUUAGUGUUGCCUCAAAUUUUGGGGUCCGGUUUCUUGAUCUUCCAGCUUCUCUUAAGUGGAGUCCCAGGAAAUCAGGACACAAAAGCCAGGAAAGACAUUUUAAGUAGAAAUUCUGCCUAUUUUUCCACCCAUCUGUUUCAGGGCCUGCUGUUCUUUAUGUGGUCCCAGGUUUGUCUAAGGCAUUUUUGAAUCAUGUCAGGAAAAUAUUUCAGAAUAAAAAAAGAUGCAAGCUAAAAA